AUGCCUCACUUGCCAAAGCGCCCACGCCUCUCCUUUGAGCAAGGCUUUCAGGCCCCAGUUGAGGGACAGGAGUUGGUCGAUGUACAGGUUCCCGCAUCUGAGGAGGAGGAGGCCUCCUCCUCCUCCUUCUCUCCUCCGAUUCUGGGAACUCUAAAGGAAGAGGUGCCUACUCUUGGGAUGCUGAGUCCUCCCCAGAGUGCUCAGAGCUCCUAUUUCUCCUCCACUUCAUGGAGCACAUCAGAUGAAGAGCCCAGCAGCCAAGAAGAGGAGGAGAGUUCAAGCAUGUUGCAGUCCUCAACAGAUGCUGAAUCCUUGCCCAAAGAUCUACUAGAAGAAAAGGUGACUGAUUUGCUGCAUUCCCUGAUCCUCAAGUAUCAACUGAAGGAUACCAUCACAAAAGCGGAAAUGCUCGAGGUUGUCACCGAAAGUUACAAAAACGAAUUCCCUGUGAUCUUUAAUAAAGCAUCUAAGUGCUUACAGAUGAUCUUUGGCAUCGAUGUGAAGGAAGUGGACCCCACUGGCCACUCCUAUGUCCUUGUCAACUCACUAGAUCUCACCUAUAGUGAGGUGCUGAGUGACAACCAGAGCAUGCCUAAAAAUGGUCUCCUGAUAACUAUCCUGGGUGUGAUAUUCAUAGAGGGUAACUGUGCCUCUGAAGAAAGUAUCUGGGAGUUCCUGAAUAUGAUGGGAUUGUAUGCUGGGGAGGAGCAUUUCAUUUAUGGGGAUCCGAGGAAGCUCCUUACUGUAGAUUGGGUACGGGAAAAUUACCUGGAAUAUCAGCAGGUGCCCCUAAGUGAUCCUCCACUCUAUGAAUUUCUGUGGGGUCCAAGAGCACGUGCAGAAACGAGCAAGAUGAAAGUCCUGGAAUUUUUGGCCAAGGUCAAAGGAUCUGAUGCCAUUGCCUUCUCAGACUGGUAUGAGGAGGCUUUGAGAGAUGAGGAAGAGAGAGCCAGGGCCAGGAUAGACCCCAUGGAUAGGGGUGCUGCCAUGUUCAUUGCACAGCCUUAG